AUGUCUGCCGAUGUACAAUCAGUGCCGAACACUAGUGAGGAAACCAAUGCUGAUAAAAAUGCUGAUGACGGUGAAGGAGGAAUCCAGCAACCGGAUCAAAUGCAGAAGACACUGCUAAACUUGGUAUUCCGGUCUAUGAAGCGAACCCAUGAUAUGUUCAGCAAUGACUAUACAACAUUUCCAGAAUUAGCGGAAAAAGAGUUAAAUUUUAUUCGAUCUCUAAAGAAAAGGUGUGAAUAUAGCUCUGUAAUACGGCAUGUUGAGGAAGCUAAAAAGCGGCGAGAGCAGGAGCUCUUAAAGUUACCAACUAAACAGCCCAGCGCUGGUAUUGGAUCUGUGAUGAAUUCUUCAGAUAGACCGAUGGCCAUUACUGACGGAACUGGGAAGCCUGUUCAAACCAGCUCACAGCAAGGGCAGGUAUUGACCUCACUUCCGGUAGGCUCAAGCGGUGGCAAAUCAGAAGACAAUACCACUCGAUCACUACUGCCCCUUCGGGCUCCUAUGAUGGUCAAACCCAAAUGGCAUGCGCCGUGGAAGCUUUAUAGGGUGAUUUCUGGACACACGGGAUGGGUACGUGCUGUUGAUGUGGAGCCACAAAAUCAGUGGUUCGCCAGCGGGGGAGGUGACCGUAUUAUAAAGAUUUGGGAAUUAGCGACCGGAAAACUUCGCCUCUCUCUGACCGGACACAUAAGUGCAGUGAGAGCAGUUAAGGUCUCUGAACGUCAUCCUUUCCUAUUCUCAGGUGGAGAAGAUAAACAGGUGAAAUGUUGGGAUCUCGAAUACAAUAAAGUAAUUCGUCAUUAUCAUGGUCAUCUCAGUGCCGUGCAGGCGCUAAGCAUUCACCCAACAUUGGAUGUACUUUUCAGUUGCUCUAGAGAUUCCACAACAAGGGUAUGGGAUAUGCGCACAAAAGCUCAAGUUCACUGUUUGUCUGGACACACAAACACGGUUUCAGAUGUCGUAUCCCAGGCUGCUGAUCCUCAGGUGGUAACGGCAUCACAUGACGCAACUGUCCGGCUUUGGGACCUGGCGGCCGGAAAGUCGAUUUGUACGCUUACCCACCAUAAGAAGUCAGUAAGAUCUCUUGUGCUUCAUCCACGCUUGUUUAUGUUUGCGUCCGCAUCACCUGAUAAUAUUAAACAGUGGAAGUUCCCUAAUGGAGAGUUCAUGCAGUCUAAUUUCAGAAUCUUUCUGGUCAUAAUGCCAUCGUUAACUCAUUGGUUUGUAAUGAGGAUGGUGUCCUCGUAUCCGGUGGAGAUAACGGAUCUAUGUGUUUCUGGGACUGGCGAUCAGGUUUCUGUUUCCAGGCAAAAGAUUCAAACAAAAGCGCAACCCGGAUCCAUUGAUUCUGAAGCAGGUAUCUAUGCGCUAUGCUAUGAUAGGACAGGACUACGUCUGAUAACAGCAGAAGCUGAUAAAACAAUAAAGAUGUACAAGGAAGACGAUGAAGCGACGGAGGAAUCACAUCCCAUUGUAUGGCGACCCGAGAUCGUCAAGAAGAAGGCCUAUUGA